UUGAAAAAGGGAAAGGAAAUCGGCUGAGAAACCAAGGGGAGAUACUGGAAGCAUCUUCUUUCUGAAAGAAGGUACAAAAGAAACUGGUGGAGAAGUCCAAUAUACAACAUGAAGGACCGUAUGCACGAGCUUAGGAGUGGCAAGGACAGCGAUGAACUUGAUGAGGUGACCGUCAGCAUGGACAAAGAUGGCUUCAUGGACGAGUUUUUUGAGCAGGUGGAGGAGAUCCGCGGGUUCAUCGAGGCCCUCUCGGAGAAGGUGGAGGAGGUGAAAAGGAAACACAGCGCCAUCCUCGCUGCGCCCAACCCUGACGAAAAAACAAAGGCAGAGCUGGAGCAGCUGAUGACAGACAUUAAGAAGCUGGCCAACAAAGUCCGCUCCAAGUUAAAGAGUAUCGAGCAGUCCAUUGAGCACGAAGAGGGCUUGAACCGGCCCUCCGCAGAUCUGAGGAUACGCAAAACACAGCAUUCCACCCUAUCCCGCAAAUUUGUGGAAGUGAUGUCGGAAUACAACGCCACGCAGUCGGACUACAGGGAGCGAUGCAAGGGCCGGAUCCAGAGGCAGCUGGAGAUCACCGGCAGGAACACAACAAACGAGGAGCUGGAGAGCAUGUUGGAGAGCGACAACCCGGCCAUCUUCACCUCGGGAAUCAUCAUGGACUCCAACAUCACCCAGCAGGCCAUGAACGAGAUCGAGACCCGGCACAAUGAGAUCAUCAAGCUGGAGAACAGCAUCCGGGAGCUGCACGACAUGUUCAUGGACAUGGCCAUGCUUGUGGAGAGCCAGGGGGAGAUGAUUGACCGUAUAGAGUACAACGUGGAGCACUCGGUGGAUUACGUGGAGAGGGCGGUGUCUGACACCAAGAAGGCGGUCAAGUACCAGAGUAAAGCGCGGAGGAAGAAAAUCAUGAUCAUUAUAUGUUGUGUGGUGCUGGGAAUAGUCAUUGCAGCCAGUGUUGGUGGAACUCUGGCUUAGGACACACAGUUGGCACCAGCAGUGAUGCACAUAAAUACAACACACACAUGCUCACACGCAUAUACACACACACGCACACACACACACACACUCACACACAAACAAACACACAGUCAUACAAAUGCACAGGCAUACAUAAUGCAUUUUCCUGCACAAAGCAUAUUGCAUACCUGUGUUGCGACAAGUGAUACACAGCGUGCAGGGGAGGCGUAUUUCUUAUGCAUGAGUUCCUUUUUUGUAAAUGUGUGGUUCUGCGAUGUGUUUACCUGGGUGUUGAAUGUUAUAUGACAAAGUUAAAAAAUGUUUUUUGAGGUCUUAUUUGAAGGGGUUGGGGGGGACAUUAGUGAUCUUGGAAAUUUUAAUGUUGCACACACAUUCCAACUUGAAAUUUUUCUAUUUAUUUUUUUUAUUUCAAAAUAAAUAGCCUUUAUUUACUGUGCUAAUCUAUUAAACCGUUUCUUAAUUGAAUCCAAUGAGGAAGAUAUUCUUUUAGAUACCAUAUAUUGGGGGCAGCGUAGGAGCCCUACAGUAGGAAAUGUUUAUAACCACAAUCAGGCGCAAUUGCUGAAGUCCUGUUUUAGAUUCUUAAAACAUGGAUUUAAACUAUUGCCGUCGAAGCAUAUCAAUACCCGUCCUGCUCUCACCCCUUUGAUGUGCAGUAUGUCUUGGCCUAAUUUUUGCAUGAUUUCUCAGAAUGGUAUGAUAACGUUGUUCAGUGGAGCGAAAAGUUGUGACAGUGUAUUUUAAUCCUUGCUUUGAAAACCAGCCCAGGCUGCCACCCUGGAGAUGGGCUGCCUCAGUCAGUAUUAUUCCAUCCCUCCACAUUCCCACUCCGGAACAUUCUCCUGCUGCUGCUCAUUCCAGCCAAUCACCAACAGCUUCUUCUCCCAUACUGCCUUACUGCUAUUUGUAUUGGUGUGUUGUGUGUGUGUGUGUGAGGGAGAGAGCAUGUGUGUGUGCCUGUAGUAUUUGUGUCUGUGUGUGAAUAUCUGUAUCGAGCCACUUGUGUCCUUGCUGUGUACAAAAAAAAUCAUUUUUCCCUCUGAUCCAAGUAAUGACACAGAAGAAUCACUUAGAUUGCCUAUAAGAAACCUCACAGACUACAGUGAAGUCCUGCCAGGGUGGCUACAUUGUUCUGCAAUGUCAUCCAUUCCCUCAGCUUAUGUAUCUCUUACAAACUGGCUUUCAUAUUGAGGUAGAAAUCCCAGUAAAUUGACAUUUUGUUGGGUUUGGUGUGUGUGUGGAUAUACUGUACCAUUGCAAGCUGUGGCCUGAGCGGUCACCGUUAGCAGCCAUCAGACUAAUACAUUCCAAAAGCUUGCUGGACAAACAACAGCCAUGUUGCCUACUCAAGUCGCUGCCUCUGUGUUACAAUGCUGAUGUAUAAUUUUUUUUUUUUUAACGUGAAACUUGUCUGAUAACUGUCCUUCUUUUUAAAUUGAGGAGAGAACAUUAGAAACACACACCAGAUGUGCCAUAUCGUGUAGGCUUUUUACGGUGGACCUACCCUUCCAUAUGUGUACAGAUGUCUUCAUCUGAGGUACUACAUGGACCUUGGUGGUGGAGUGGGGGUGGGGGUAUCACAUCCAAGAAAUAUCAAAAAGGGAUGUAAGGGGUUACACAGGGGUUUAUG